AUGUUGGCCCUCUCGCUGAAGUCGUUUAAAUCCGCCACUGGCUACAAUGUACAAUUUAGUUUUAGUUUAGUCGGUCGUAGGGGGCUGCUCUUCCUGGUAGCCCACCGCAUACGUCACCUUCAAAAUUAUAACGUCAUCGUUAACGUAAUUCUCAAUAAUGUGUGUCAUUUUUUGCACCAGUAUGUAGGAUUUACCAAUGAAAUCAGUAGACAGACAAACAGUAGGACAAACUACGAUAUUGAGAGUGAGACAGUAGGAACGAGUGGGACAAGAAUCGAAAACGAGGACGUUGAACCAGCGGGAUAA